GCGCGCACAUCUCACAUAUUCCUACAUAUGUUUGUCUCCAUACGUGUAUCGGAGCGCGCAUUCGUAGUAGCAUUCGCAGUAGACUUGAGGAGAGCUCGAUUCAGUUGUUUUGAGUUGGCGGUGUGGUGCACACAUUGCAUUUCUGGUUGCAGUCGCUAUCUCAAUCCCGGUUCUCCAUUUUAACUCGAGCUUGCCACGUUAUUAACCGACAAGCAAUUGCAAAGUGUUCUCUAUAGUGAAGCAAAAUUAUUGUGAUUAUUCCUCAUUCCGUGCACGAGACACUGUAACUAACCUCUUAACCAUUCUUUCUUUCUCCCCCCUCCUCUAUUUCUCUGUUUGACCGGGGAGACAAAAUAUCGAAUGUGUAUGUAAAGAGUGUCGCGGAGGUCGAGGGGGUGCAACUGCGCAAAAAUUCGCCGGUUAGCCCGUAAAAAAAGUAUUGACUUGGGUCAUACAUCGUCCCCACAAGUAACCAAAAAAAAACUAAAGCCGGAGGGAGGUGAGAGAGGAAGCACCGAACAAGGGCCGAACGCUUCCUCUCGCUCUCUACCGUGCUCUUCGUCGUCGUGUCCGUCGUCGGCCCAUCAAGUUUUAUUAAGGAUGUCGCAACGCGAUACCAUCAUUCACCUCGUCGCCGGAGGGGUUGCUGGCACUGUUGCGGCUAUAGUAACAUGUCCCCUCGAGGUUGUCAAGACACGUUUGCAGUCAUCAUCGGGUGGUUUCUAUCCACCGCCGUACAGUAAAGAAUUAGGCUCUGGUCACGUCACAGGCAGGAGUUUCCAACAGCGAAGACGACUCUGCACAGGAGAGUCGAGAAGGUACUCGUUAGUGACGUUGUCACACUGCGCCGUGUCACCACCACCAGGGGGUCGACCACACAAUGUAACACAACCAGGUAUAUUGCAAUGCCUAAGGUACAUCGUUGAGCACGAGGGACCGCGAGCAUUAUUCAAAGGCCUCGUGCCCAACAUUGUUGGUGUUGCUCCGUCCAGAGCUAUCUAUUUCUGCACGUAUUCGCAGACCAAAAACUUCUUCAACACAUGCCUACCUCCAGACAGUCCUCUUGUACAUAUGUGCUCUGCCUCUUGUGCUGGUUUCGUAUCGUGCACAGCAACGAAUCCAAUUUGGUUCGUCAAGACGAGGUUGCAGCUCAAUCAUCACACGAAUCAAACGAGCGCGCUUGAGUGCAUCCGAAGGGUAUACCAACAGUCGGGAAUCCUGGGCUUCUACAAAGGCAUCGUCGCCUCGUACUUCGGCAUAAGCGAGACGGUCGUGCACUUCGUCAUCUACGAGGCAAUCAAGGCUUGGCUAAUCGAGCACCGCGAGAGAAUACCAUCGGCGGACGACCAUUCCAAAACAUCGCGGGACUUUGUCGAGUUCAUGGCUGCGGGUGCGCUCUCCAAGACGGUCGCAUCUUGUGUCGCCUAUCCGCAUGAGGUGAUACGAACAAGACUGCGCGAGGAAGGCACCAAGUACCAACGUUUCUGGCAGACCACGAGCCUGAUAGUAGCCGAGGAAGGUCCUCGUGGUCUCUACCGAGGUUUAGCAACCCAACUGGUCCGUCAGAUACCCAACACUGCGAUAAUGAUGGCCACCUACGAAGCUGUCGUUUACAUCUUGACCAAUCAAUUCCAACCAGCUCCAAUAACUAGCCACAGCAGCAGCAACACCGAUCUUGCAACCGAGUUCUAUACCGAGAGCAAAUCCAAGCGGGAACUUGCCUAGAAUUUGUUAGCGGUCCCGGAACAAUAAACGGGACCAUGCUCGUUGAUAUCUAUGCAAUUUAGCGCUAACACUCCCCCCUCUUACUACCAUCACCACGUCGAUUAAUUAAUCGUCAUGUACUCUAGUACGAAUAAGGAGGAAACAAUUUUUAAUUGUUUCCACUAGACUUGACUUUCUUUUUUGUGUUUGAAAUUUCAAUUUUCAACGACACGAACGGCAAUUAGCAACAAACUAGUAAUUACGAAAUUUAGCUUUUAGCUUUACGCAACGUGCCUACAAUUUUUAUUACAACGAAUUUGGAUAAAUAACUAUUAAGAUUUGCUUCAAAACAGAAAAAAAAAAACAAAAAAAAACCAACAAAAAAAAACGACGAUUUCAUUGUAUAUUCGACUUUGUCUCUUUCUUAUACUGCAACUGCGUGCUGAGCGCGCUGUCUGAUGUUACAUUUAUAGUAAUAUUUCAAUAACGGUAUACAUUUCUUUUUUGAAUUUACUUUUGGAAGGAAAUUUUUAACUUUAUUAAAUGUAAAAAGUUUAUCAAAAAUCGAAGCUAGUUUUAACAUCUUUUAUUCUGUUUAUAAUCACGUUCAUAAUUGCAGAUCUUCAAAUGCGAUGAUCUCAACGAUGUUAUAUUCUUUGUUAAUAUUCUACUGAUCAUUGAUUUUUGUUCGUUUUUUUGCUAUAUGAGAGACGAUUGUUUAAACUUGUAAAUACAAAACAGUCGUAGUUUAGAAUCUACUCGUAGAUUCUUAGGAUUUAAGAUUUUUUUUUGAAGACAGCGACACUUUGUAUAUAUUGUUCGACUUCUAUCAGACGAGUGAGAUGAAGAAAAUUUUUGAGUAUUAAUAAUGUGGUUUAUAGAUCCCGUCACUAUCAACCUUUUUUAUUUAUUUUUAUUUUUUGUUUCUCAAGAGUGCCCGAACGUUCGGUACGAAAAAUGAUGCGAUGGGAAUGGCAUACUUCUGUGAUUUUAGCAUAACCUGAUAAAGAAAAAUUGAUUAGGCAUUCACAUGUGUAUGAAAAACAAAAUGUUCUUUUUCGUAACUACAACGCACAUUUUUGAAAUGUACAUAGAUAAACAAGUGAAAAUUAAACAUACGUUGGGGAAUUAAAGAAUGAGUGUAGAAUUCUGCAUGAGUAUGCGAGAGCAGUUUUGUUCUCCAAAGACUGAAUUUAAUUUUAGCGUACUUACGUAGUACUAUGUGCGUCUAGUGAACGAACAGAAAAGAAAAGAGAAAAAAAAAUUUUUACUCUGAUAUACGAAACGAAUAUAAUGUGUAUAUGCGUUGGUUUAUUUAAAUUAAAUUUUGUUUCAUCGACAUACUAGAAUAUAAAUAUUUGAAUUUUUUCAAAGUAUAAAGCUUAUGUUUCUCAUAAAAACAAUAAAGAGGAGAGUAUUUUCAAGAUAGUACAUACCAUUUAUCAAUAGUACCAACAUGACGUUCAUGAUGUUUAUCUUGCUUUCCUUGCGAAUUCAUGGAAAAUAGACCAAUAAUAUAUCAUUUGCAGUGCAUUGCGCUCUUUUAAAGUUUAUACUGGAGCAAACCAAUUAAAGGAGUUUCUCGAUGACAAGGAUCCUUAAAUCACAAUAAAAAUUCUAGCGUGACUACAAACAAGAUUAAUAGUCAAAUACUUUAGAGCCUUCGGAAGUAAAGUGCUUUUUCGGCAUGAUAUGCUGAUGAAUAAUUAUAACGUAAAUAGUCAGUCACAUACAUAUAUGUAUAGAAAAACUAGCGUUUGCUUGAAAAUUUGUCAGGAACAAUUAUAUUCUUUUGGAAUUGCGUCGAGAAACGAUGUUCCUAAAUGUGUUAAAGUCUAUGUAAACUUGUACACAUUAACUCCCCACUUGUUGUAACAUUUAAAAAAAUUAAAAAUGCAUUGACA